CCAGUUCACGGCUCAUUUUCGCGCAAACACUAACGAGAGUAAGACGUAUCUCAAAUAAUUCAAAUAAAUUGUUUGUUUAAUGAAUAUUCUAUCGGUUUAGUUAGUGACUGGAGAAUUAUAAUAGCUUUUUUUUUUUAAUAAUUAAAUAGUUUUAUAGGAGUGGUCAACCAUGAAGGCUGUAUUCGGUUUCUUCAUGCUGAUAAUAGGAGCAGUACACCCGGACAUCUCUGGGGAGUGUGAUCUGGCCGGCUUCUACCUCGAAUUGGGCUGUACGCCGAUGCCCAAGGCCGACAACUCCACCAUAUGCCCAGAAGCUUUCCAAUGCCCCGAUCUGCAUCCCGAUCCUACAAUGUGUUACUACAGGGGUGUUGCAUACGGCGACAGAUCGUCCAUACCGCAGAAUUUGAUCAACAAUCCGUGCUCGCAAGCGUGCAGCUGCACCGUCUCCGGAGAGCCGCGGUUCGAAUGUGCAGCCGUCGACUGUGUGGAGACUUUCGACAGCGAUCUCAAACUACAGUGCAUUGACACCUACGAUUUGGAAUCGUGUUGCAGCACGGGAAAUGUUUGUGGUAAAGAUGCAAUUGCAAGUCUGAAAACUUGUGAAGUGGACGGAAAAACGUAUAGAGCCGGUGAAACGUUUGAGCCAAAGAACACGAGGAAGACCUGUAUAUGUACCGGUGACUGGAACGGUUCCGUAGACAACACUUCGUACUGCAGAGAAAUCAACUGCGGUAUAGAGAUACAUUAUCAAGAGAAAAUUUUAGACAAAUGUGCUCCUGUAUUUGUGGGGAAUAGACGGAGCUGCCCCAUCGCUUUUCAGUGCGCAACACCAACAACAAAAGUGAUCCGCGGUUUGAAUCUGCGAAAUGUCAACUCAGAGUGCGUAUUCGGGAACAUGACCUUGGCGGUCGGAGACGAGGUCGUGGUCGACGAGACGUGUACUAAAUGCUCGUGUGAUGUACCUCCUUUUGUGUCGUGCACCAAGGCAAACUCGUGUUAAUAGUUUAGUCCAACGAUUUCUAAUUUCAGAAUUUUAUUUUAUUAGCUAUGUUUGGCUGUAAUCCGUGACUUUGCAUAUUUGAAUUAGGAAAAAUCCUUGCUAAAUAAUAAAAGCAAUGUCACAUUUUGUAGGUCAUCUUUAUCACAUUGAAUAAGAUAUUAAAAAAAAUAUUCAAAAAUUAUGCUCGAGUGAAUUUUGAAUAGACUAAUAUAAUAGGCAUCAUAAAUUAAAAAUUAAAAAUGUUUGAUAAAAUUAUGUUUUUUUAUAACUAGGCAUCUCAAUAACUUGCCGAAGUAAUUUUUAUUAUAUACCACUAAGGCAUCGCCGAAUAUUUUAGGCUUUACUUGUCAUUGUAAAUACUUUAUGAUUUUGAAUAAACGAAGUCAAUACAUUUUUUACACGACUGCCCAAAAAAGAAGUGUAAAAUUUUUAAGGUUCAAUUUUUCCAUCGCAGGUUUGAAACGCUAAUCAGAUUUGGAUGUAUGAGGCACCAUUAGACUUGCCUAUAUCAUCCCGAGUAACACUAGUUUUUUUUUUAAUUCGUGUUUUCAGGGAUUUGUGUUUUUUUUUUCUAAUUUGCAGAGAAAAAUAUUCUUGUUAGAUAAAUAAAAGAGGAUUAUCACA